AUGCACCGCGAAACAUAUCAGCCGAGUCUCAAGUCACAAGAUACCAAAGAGGUCUCUGAAAUGCCUACCAAGACAGAUCGAGAUGCCGCUGAAUGCGGAUCGAUUUCUCCUGGCGGUGUCACAGUCCAGACACUGAAACCGUUCACGACACUAUCUGCCCUUGGUAUCGGCUAUGGCACAACAAACACCGCCGUCGGCCUUCUUCUCGUCCUCGGAAGUACUCUUCCAAUGGGGGGAUCGCCUCUCUUCUUCUGGGGGUUCCUUGUCAUGGCGGUUGUUGGUCUUGCAACAGCUACAACAUUGGCAGAGCUCGCAUCGGCCAUGCCUCAUCCCGGCGGACAGUAUAUAUGGGUCAAUCGCUUAUCCCCGCCCCGAUAUCGUCGCUUUCUGUCAUACACUAUCGCUGUAGUCAGCUGGCUUGCUGCGGUUGCUACAGGCGCAUCGGCGUGUCUCUCAGUGCCUACGGGCUUCUGUGCCAUUAUAUCUCUACUGAACCCCAACUUUGUGUACAAGCGCUGGAUGGGCUUUGUUGGUUUUCAACUGCUGAAUAUUUUGACUGUUAUCUGCGCCAGCUUUGAGCAUGCCCUCCCACGAAUAUCAAAGAUUAUGCUGCUCUUCAGCUGUCUGACCAUUGGUGUUAUCUUCAUCACGCUGUUCGCCAUGUCUGACAGUCACGCUUCUGCGAAGGACUACUUCACAACCUCGGUUAAUAUUUCAGGAUGGCCAAAGGGAAUUGCCUUCAUCAUUGGGAUGAAUGGGGCCAACUGGAGUUUCUCAUGCCUCGACGUUGCCACUCACUUGGCUGAAGAAAUGCCAUCGCCCAGCACCGAUAUUCCCAAAGCUCUGAUGUGGACUAUCGUUGUUGGAUUUGGCUCUGGGCUCUUGGUUGUUACCUCAGUUCUCGUCAAUGUACCAACUAUAGAUGGAGCCGCGGACAACUCAGCUCUUUCUCUGUUCUACAUGAUUACCAAGAGUAAAGCAGCUGCUGUCGGCUUGUGGAUUCCUGUUCUUAUCACAACGGCUGGCGCGGUUUGGUCGAUCCAGACAUGGCAGUCCCGCCUUGCUUGGACCAUCAGCCGCGAAGGUGGCUUUCCGUUGCAUCGCCAUCUCAGCAAACUUGCCCCUGCUCCUUUUCAUACACCCAUAUGGUCGUUGAUCUGGUCCGCCUCUGGAACUGCCCUCUUCGGCUGCCUCUAUCUUGGGUCGGAUCUCGCCUUCAACUCUCUGAUCUCAACAGGUCUACUGCUCCAAUACAUCAGCUACAGUGUCCCUGUCGUAUUAGUUCUUAUGCAGGGACGCCGCAACUUUCAGCACGGCCCUUUCUGGUACCCCAAGCUUGGACUGAUUGCCAACAUUGUCAUGUUGUCAUGGACAAUGGUGGCACUAGUUUUCUACUGCUUUCCUUACUACACACCUGUCACGGCUGUGCAGAUGAAUUAUGCUUCCCCAGUCCUGGUCGGAAUUGCUCUGUUGUCUUUGUGCUUUUGGUUCUUCCAUGCCAAGAAGAAUUAUGAAGUGAAGGAGAUUUGGAAUGCCUGA